ACAAACGUUGCGACGUCAUCAUUGUGCGCGGCGUGUGCUGUUUUGGGAAGUCGUGUCGUCCAUUCUGUCGAUUUUCCAAAAAGAGGAUGCCUUUACCUCCAGCACUGCUGGCCCGCUUGGCCAAGAGAGGGAUUGUUAAACCGACAGAGCAAGAGGUAGAUGAGGAGAUUAUUGCUGAAGAUUAUGAUGACAACAAUGUAGAUUAUGAAGCCACCAGACUAGAGAAUCUACCACCAAAUUGGUACAAAGUGUUUGACCCUGCUUGUGGUCUUCCUUAUUACUGGAAUGUGGAGACAGAUUUGGUGGCCUGGCUGUCCCCAAAUGACCCGUCUGCAGUGGUAACAAAAGCUGCCAAGAAACUAAGAGCUGACGGAGGUGAAGAAAGAAUUGAGAGGCAGUUUGAGAAACUGGACAGAGAGAGAGAGCGCGACAGAGACAGAGAUCGGGAAAGGGACCGGGACAGAGACCGGGAGAGGGACGACGGGAGAGACAGAAGAAAGCAGAGGAGGGAAGACAUUGCACCAUAUGGCAAGAGCAAACGAGGUAGAAAAGAUGAUGAGAUGGACCCCAUGGAUCCAAGUGCUUAUUCUGAUGCUCCAAGGGGCACAUGGUCAAGCGGCCUGCCCAAGCGUAAUGAAGCAAAGACAGGUGCAGAUACCACAGCGGCAGGGCCUCUGUUCCAACAGCGGCCGUACCCCAGUCCAGGAGCUGUGCUUCGGGCUAACGCAGCAAACCAGUUACCCAAAGAGUAAGCUCCACUCCCAGGAAGAAAACAACCAACAAAGACGCAGCUCGUCUCUUUUCAGUUUUCUUUUCAUUGUGAAAUGUGUGGACAUGUGAGAAAACAGAGUGCUCAGCUUUUGUACCACCAGUGCAUUCAUACUCAUGUGUAGAACAGUUGUAAAUAUGUUUUUAUAUGACCUAAAUAUUGACCCUCUUGUUGUUAUUAGGGCAAUUAGUGUGCAUCAUUUGCUAAUAAAUUUAAGGGUUACUGUGAAAA